AUGGAUGAAGUGAUCAAAAUUGAAGUGCAAAAUAGUCAUCCAAAAGUGAUUAUGAACCGUCAAAAUAAAAUCGAUGCAAUUAGCGUCAGAAAAGCAUAUCCAAAUUUGAUUGUUGAAUGGAUGUUUGUGGUGGUAAUGGGGUACCAUAUUGGAUUCCAAUCACUUGUUCAUUUCAUGGGUCUAGCAAAAGUCGUAUGUUUCAUGCUUUCUGGUUCCCCACGUGUUGUGUUUCAAUAG